AUGCCUAAUGAUAACACUAACACAACAAGCUCUUCAAGACCUAGCCCGCCUCGCAAUGGCUUGGAGAAACCUAGAAACCCCGCCCUCAACCUCACCGAGCUAUUAAAGCAGGCAUCUGCCAUCCUCUCCAAGCGAUGGACCCGCAUCGUAAAGAUUCCCGGCGGAACCAACCACGAGCUUUACACCCUCUUCUUUGAGGCCCCCUCCGCACCUGGAAAGGGCCCACCCCCAACCGAAUGGAGCUGCAUAGCCCGCUUCCCCCGACACGACACCGACAAGACGCUCGCCAUGCUCAAAAGCGAGCUAACAACGAUGCGCCACGUCGCCGCAAAAACCGUAAUCCCAAUCCCCAAAAUUUACCACUCGGACCAGGACCCAGCAAACAAGGUUGGUGCUCCCUACAUGCUGCUCGAGCACCUUCCCGGGCGGAACUUGCACGAUGUCUGGCACGACCCCGCAACAACCUUCGCCCAUAAACAGUCAAUUGUCACACAGGUCACCGGCAUCCUCGCACAGCUCUCCAUGCUCCAAUUCCAGCAGAUUGGAAGCCUUGUCUCAUCCCCCGACACAAACGGGGGCGGCAUCACUGUCGGCCCCCUCCUCGACACAUGCUACGAAUCGAAGAGCUGUGGCCCCUUCGACACCACGUUGGCAUAUUUGACGUCGUACAUGCCGCCCGAGGCCGAGAUCGGCGCCGACUCUAUCCUCCAGUUCCUGUUCCGCCACAUCCGACACCGCCUCGAGGAUUACCUCUCGCGGCACGCUAACGAAUCGCACAUCGCCGCACCGUUCCGCCUCAUCCAUGGGAACCUCACAUCGCCGAACAUGCUGUUCGUGCCGGGGGCGUCUCCCAGGUCGGCGCCGAAGUUGUCGGGAGUCAUCGAUUGGGAAGAUGCGUAUGUGGGCCCGCUGUACAACCUCUACGAGUAUCCGCUCUUCCUUCACGACAGCGAAUCGUACCCGGAGCACCAAGGGGAGAACGAGCGGCUGAGGGCGCAUUUCGUGAGGGCACUGGUGGAGCAGUGGGGGAAGGGUGGGGUCGACGCGGAGGUGGCGGAAAAGUGCAUGAAGGAGAAAUGCCAUCUGCUGAAUCGGUUCAUGUGGGUGUUUAUGUAUGCGGGUGAUAAUGGGCUGGAGGAGGCCGAGAGGUACAUGAUGGACAUGAGGAAGGGCAAGGGGAAGGCAUAUUCGUGGAGUAGUGCGGGGACUUGA